AUGGACAUCUUUCUUGAAUUGUGGGCACCAGAACUGGACAGUAUUCCAACAGCGGUCACACCAGUGCCAAACAAAGACAUAAAAUAACCUUCCAACUCCUGCUUAAGAUUCUCUUGUUUGUGCAUUCAAGGAUUGCUUUAGCCCUUUUGGCCACAGCAUCACACUUGGAGCUCAUGUUCAGCUGAUGAGCCAUCAGGGCCCCCAAACCUUUUCCAGAGUCACUGCUUCCCAAGAAAGAGUCCCCCAUUAUAAACAAAAGCUUCUUGAAGAACUUGGAGAGAGUUGGCUUCCAUAUCUGACACCUAGAGAUGCCGAAUUCCACCAACUGAGUUGGUUUCUUCUUCCUACUAAGCUGGCGUGUAAGAGUCCUGAGGUCAAUAUUGGAACAGAUCCAAUUUGCCAGUGUUCUAUCUACAGUGUGGCUUCCUUACCAAAUGUAUGGAAGACCAGAUAUUCCAAACUCUUCCUCAGGAAAGCUGAUAAGAUACCCCAAGAACUUCAUCACAUAGUGCAAGAAGCCUUUUUGACCUUGCAAAAACAUGAUUGUUUCUUCCAAGAUCUUGUAAGGAUCAAAGGAAAAGAUUUUCUUACACCAGUAUCUCGUAUAUUAAUUGGAAAUCCAGGAUGCACUUACAAAUACUUGAACACAAGACUGUUUACUGUUCCAUGGCCUAUGGAGGAUUAUGAAAUAAAAUAUUGCCAUCCUGAACUAUUUGCAGCUUGUAAAGCAUUAAUCAAACUUAAUGACUACUUGAAUGUAGAAGCAGUCCAGGCUUUGCAAGAACAAAAUUUAUCUGAGACCAAAGAAACUGAAAAUACUGCUGUCACAGAUAGAGAACAGGAUUUUUAUACUUCUAUUAAGGGGUCCCUCUCAGAAGUUCAAAACAGUCUUUAUACACCAAGGAAUGACUGCACUAGUCUUAAGUACAGAACAUCUUAUAACUUGACUUUAUUGAAUUAUAUGGAUCCUCUACAAAUGCCAUACUUGAAACAAGAGCCUUAUUUUGGAAUGGGGAAUAUGGCAGUGAGCUGGCACCACGAUGAGAAUCUCAUUGAAAGGUCAACAGUAGCUGUGUACAGUUACAGCUCUGAAGGUUCUGCAAGUGACAAAGUUAAUGAACAGUAUCUGGAAGGGAGAGACCCAGCUGACUGGCACGUAGGCCUGAAGGUAGCAUGGGACAUAAAGACACCUGGACUGGCAAUACCCCUUCGCCCAGGAGACUGCUAUUUUAUGCUGGAUGAUCUCAAUAUGACACAUCAGCAUUGUGUUCUGGCUGGUUUUCAGCCUCGUUUCAGCUCUACCCACAGAGUGGCAGAGUGCUCAGCAGGAACACUGGAAUAUAUUUUUGGACAGUGUGAGGUUGCACUUCAGAAUUUAGAGGUUGAUUCUGAUUCAGCGGCUUUGUCUUUGAAAUCUCUGGAAGUCCAAGUUGUAAAGGAAGUGGAAGGAAUCCAUAACGAGGUUGAAUUUGAGUGGCUUAGGCAGUUUUGGUUUCAGGGCCAACGCUAUAGGAAGUGCACUGAUUGGUGGUUUGAACCAAUGGCUAAAUUGGAAGAAUUUUGGAAAAAGAUGGAGUUUAUGACAAGCCUGGUGCUCUGUGAAGUUGGAAAAGGGAAUGGAACCAUGGAACAAAGGAAUGAAAUCAUUAGCUGCUUUUUGCCCCUUCUUAUUGAGCGACAAGAGCUACGCAAAGAAUGGACCGCAAGUGACCUAUCUAAGAGUCUCAUCCAUAUGAUCUACAUAAACAGACUGUUACCAUACACCUCACUUUACCUCAUCAAAGCUUCAGCUAGAUGUCUGGAAUGAAGCAGUGACUAUGGGAGCCAUCAAGCAUGCAGUGGUGAAAGUUAUAAAACAUCCGCCGCAGUGUUAGCAGUGCUGCCCGUGUUUUAGAGAUCAGUCUAUUGUGUACUUUGGAAUUACAUGAGAAAAAUGUGCUUGGACAGGAAAUAAUUAGCACUUGUCAAAGGGCAGGCAAUAGGCUACAGUAUUUUACUUUCAGCAGGCUAUCAGGGGAUCAGCUAGAUUAGAUAAUAGAUUUUUUUUUCCUCUGGAAGUUAAAUACAGAUGACUCUAAUUACCUUACAUUGCACAUUAGAGAACACAUUAUGAACAGUACAACUUGAAGAAAUUUAGGUCAACUAAGAGAGUAGCUGGCAAAAACUUUACUGUGCUCUUAGAGUAAUGUAGCCAUUCUGUUUCAGCAGGAUCACUUGUGGCACUGAUACCUUAAUUUAAAAAAAAUAAUAAAAAGAAAUACAUGAUUGGAACAGUAACACAGCUCUAAGCAGACUGUGCUUUUACAGGCCAGUGAGUCUUCCUCACAGAAGUAUCAGGAUUUCACUAACAUGAAUUUCUGUCCUAAGCAGACAAAUCAUGUCCCUGUGGAUUUUGCUUCUAGCUAUGCCAGUAUUUCUGCAUAAUGACUGGCUGAAAUUACACAAUAAGUUUGUGUAACAGCACAACAGUUCAGAUCACACAGUAGUAGGCUGAGUAUUACGACCUGCCAUUUGCAUACUGGUAACCCCUAGACAAUGCUGCUAUCCAAGCAGGUCUUUCAGGGACACAAAUUAAUCUAUAUUGAGUGGUAAUGAUCCAAAAUAUCUCAGGUAGAACUAUGUGAAUGUGCUCUAAGUGUUAACAGAAAUGACCCAGAGUUUCUAAAGGCUCAUAUUUGUUUAUACUGCUUGAUAGUGUCUGAUGGACAGGUUGUUAUAGCUGUUAAAGAGCUGCUCAAGCCCUUUGAACUGACCCCUUCUUGACCUCAGCUUACAAAAGGUCAGUCUUCAGCUAAUAAAGCAGGCAGAACCUUAGCUUCUACUGUAGUGAGCAGAGGCUAAAGAGAACAGCUGUGAAUUUUGAACUGACCAUGCAAAUUGGUGCAGGGUUUUUGGGGUCACCAUGUGAUAAUGAAAAUUAUUACUAAAUUAUAUGGAUGUUUAACUGCAUAGUGGGCAAGAGAGGGCAGAGUCUAAUGUAUUGGGUUUGAUAAAUGAAGUGUGAAGUUACCCAUCUGGCUUUAGACAGUGCUUGCAUUCUCUCUCUCUCUCU